CUUUCGGAUAUUGGCAGCUUUCCCCAACGUUAUUGUGAAAGUUUACUGAUUUUAUCGCAACUAAAGUAUUUAUCUUCAUCGGAAAGGCUCGACAGCGAACAGCAAACGCCACCUCAGAAAAUAGUGACGAUGAAGCCACUGACUGUUUUGAGAGGGAAAAGGUGCUACAUUUGCCUGUUAGCCGUCGUUAGCUGUAGCAUUAGCUAACAACGUCAUGGAACCUUCUAGAACACGCCUACUUACUGCUUUACCAAACACGCACAGUACAGCGUGACGCGGCUGGGAGAGUGGCCGUGCCAGCAACCUGAGGGUUCCUGGUUCGAUCCCCAGCUUCUACCAACCUCGUCACAUCCGUUGUGUCCUUGAGCAAGACACUUCACCCUUGCUCCUGAUGGGGACGGCGAGAGGCGGUCUCUGAGGCUGCGGGCCGCCAUGGUGGAUCCUCCUGCCGCCGUCGCGCUGGUGACGGCCUCCCGAGGGGUUAGCGGACUACAACGCAGACAGACGUAAAACAUGAAGUCUCCGCACGCCGUCCCAGCAGACCAGCUCACUCUCCGGGCGUGUGUGGACGAAUGUGCACUGACGUACUCCAACAAGUGAGCCUCGGAGGAACUCGUCCACCGAAGGACCCCUUCGCCUGCGGCGCGUAAACCCUUCCUCGUCCUCCUCUUCCUCAUCCGAGUGGUGCUGGUGGAAGGUCUGACCCCGCUCGCCGUAGCUAGCAGGCCUGCGCUCCCCCUGGAACGUCAGACAAGUGUAUUUGCAGCGUUGCCAUGGCGACGAGUACAACAGGGUGUACUGAAAAGUCCAAACGGCGUAACCGAUGACGUUGGCCCCGUUGGACGUGCCCGUGGGAGAAAGGGCGGGGGGCUUCCAGCGGACCUGCAGGACUCCGGGUGCCUGCCCACACAGCACCUGUACAUCUUGCGGGGGCAGUGGAGGCCCUGGGAGAUCCAACCAGGUCUCUUGGUCCCACCUGUGACGUGCGCAGACCUUGGCACUUAAGAGGCGGGCUUAACUGCAGGAUGGAUUGUAAACGCAAACUCAGCACUUCUUUGGACAGCUGAUGGAAGUGUUCACUCUGUGACCUGCAUGUCUGCUCCAGGUCACACACCUUCACCUUUGGACACACAAAGAACUCAUCAGGUGUACGCCUUGCUCAUGGUCCUGGUCAGCUUGAAGUCGGGCCUGUGGGGCGAGAUAACCCAUGUGACAUGGCAGUGGAGGUUCUCCGCUUGCCCUGAGUCUCCUUCUGCUUCAGCCACUCAGAGUCUGACUGGACCUAGGAGGACAAAGCACAGGUGCUGAUCCAUAAAACAUACGCUCAGUGAGGGGCCGAUCUGCCUUGGGAUGCUGCCAGGGUGUGUUUGUGGAAAUAUACAGUCUUAGUCCCGCCGCAGGGAGCACCCUGGGACCUGAUGGCGGCUCUGGUGCGGACUCUGCUCCUUCUCUCGCUGCUCGUGGCUCUGCUGUGCGCCACGCAGGUGCGCUCGCUGCCCACGCCCGAGGACUGGAGCGGCGUGAUCCAGAGGACCAAGCGCUCGCUGCUGUGGCGCUGGAACUCCAUGAAGCCUCUGGGCUCCAGCUGCAAGGAGCACCUGGAGUGUGGCACCAAGUACUGCAGAAGGAACACUUGCUGCCUGUGGACUUUGACGUGAAGAAAACAAACAACAAACUUCUGGAUGG